AUGGGGGCGUCGCGGGCCGCAACACGGAGGUCCAAGAGGCCACAGCCCGAGGCCGCGUCGCGCCCACGGCGCGUCGUCCACAGCACGCUGGUCUUCUACUGGAGGAAGGGGGAGCACCGCCACGGCCGACACAAGACUGGCUCGGGACGUGGAACGAGGCCCAAGGGCGAGGCUAGGACUCGGGGCUCGGGCGCCGAGCAAACCGCGACUCGGGCCUCCGGCGCGUCCCCCUCCCGCACUCCUGCAUCUCCCGGGGCGCGGACCCGGGCCGCCAGCCCCGCCCCCGCGCCGGGCCCCGCCCCCGGGCCCAGCUCCGCGCCCGCGGCGCGCGUGCCCGGCUCCUGCGGCCGCGCCCUGGCGGCGGCGCGCGCGCUGGCCUGGAGGCCGACCUGGAUGCCGGUGUGGAGGCCGCGCUGGCCCGGCAGGCACUGCGCGGGCGGCAUGGCGGCGCCCAGCGAGCGCGGCCGUUUUGGCGCCGGGAGCCUCUUCUCUUUCCUGCCCGGCGGCGCGCGCUCCGAGGUGACGGACGACCUGGUGACGGACGCGCGCGGCCGCGGCGCGGGGCGGAGAGAAGCCGCUGCUUCGGCCCGGGCGCCAUCCGCGGGGCCGGCGUCCGACCCUCCGGCCUCGGAGCUCGCCUCCCCGCGGCGGCCCUGCCGGGCCUGCGUGGAUUUCAAGUCGUGGAUGCGCACGCAGCAGAAGCGGGACAGCAAGUUUAGGGAGGAUUGCCCUCAGGAUCGCGAGGAACUGGGCCGCCACAGCUGGGCUGUCCUCCACACCCUGGCUGCCUACUACCCCGACCUGCCCACCCCAGAGCAGCAGCAGGAUAUGGCUCAGUUCAUACAUUUAUUUUCCAAGUUUUACCCAUGUGAAGAGUGUGCCGAAGACAUAAGGAAAAGGAUAUACAGGGACCAGCCAGACACGCGCACUCGGGUGAGCUUCACCCAGUGGCUCUGCCGUCUGCACAACGAGGUGAACCGCAAGCUGGGCAAGCCGGACUUCGACUGCUCACUGGUGGACGAGCGCUGGCGCGACGGCUGGAAGGACGGCUCCUGUGACUAGCCAGCGGCCAGAGCCUGGGGAGGCCCGGCCAGAGAGGGCGGGGCUUAUUAAAGUGCCGUCACACACAGAGCCUGUGGUGUCUCCGUUGGGUGGUCCCCAGACCCUGCCCUUGGAACCCUCUCCCUCUGAGGCUCGGGGGAGAAGUGGAGGAGUCUGAUGUGGUGGUGGCCUCCUCACGGGGGCCCCGCAGGGCUGCCGACGGGGGAGGCAGGGACAGCCUAGGACGUCCCUUCCCUUCAGGAUUCGGCCUCCUGCUCACCCACCCCGACGCCUGCUUCUCCACACAGGAAGCCCACAGGCCUGGCUGGGUACUGCCGUCUUGCCCCUCCAGGUCUGGCCUGUGUCUCCCCACCUUGUAGUGAGGGACAGUGGGGGAUAGUGACUGUAGCCCCGGAGGCUGUGCACUGUUUGCACGUCAGGAAAGAGGCCUAUGGGCCGAGCUCUGCUGCUCCCCUCCGGUCCGGCCUCUGGCCUUACAGGUUCCAUGGAACUCGAGACCAAAAUAAAAUGCUGGAGAAGUGACCGAA